CAUACGCAAGGCAUUGUGUGUUUCUCCAGUAUAAAAUCCAAGAGUUCGCUUGCUGAAAAUAUCACUCCCGACAGAAUUGUUCAGCAAACUGGAGUAGGAUGAAAAGUGUCAGUCUAAUUCCCUUCAUAGUGGGAUUGAUCGGCUACGAUCAAUGUGUCCGUGACUCCCCGGAAUUAUGGAAGCACGGCCCGGAGUACAGCUUCCGCUUCCAAGUGUCCGCAUCGCUGUCAAUGGAGCCGACCCACGAGGUGCGGUCCAACGUAUCGGCAAUCCUGAAAUGUCGACCGUUCGCAUCCGAGCAUGACGGAAUCAGCAAUGCGCUCCGGUGUCACAUAGGCAGUGCCGAAAUCGAUAACUACGAGACAAAUAAAUCGUCGAUACCCGCAAAGAUAGUGCGACCAGAACCCCCAGGACCUUUUGAAAUUACCGGAUUCACAUUUGACAUUAUCUUUGGCAAAGCCCGAGUAAACGAGAUAAGAAUCCACCAAGCGACGAAAAAUUAUCGAAUGAACAUGUAUCGAGAUAUGGUCAGCCAGCUUGGAAUCGCAUUUAAUGGAUUCGGCCAGGAAAAGGCGCGAUUGACAGCGAGAGAUUAUGCGAGCUCAACUGUUGGUGAAUGCGAUACGAAAUUCGAGGUGUUCAAAAGAUUGAAAUACCCCAAGAGAGAGUGGGAUAGUCAGUGCAAAAAAAUGCACUUGGAGAUUUAUGGAACCAAUUAUCCGUCCGUGAUGAUAGAGAAAACGAGAAAUAUGGAUAAUUGCACGAAAAAGACGCCCUAUUUCUUCGGCGGGGAGGACGUUGCCUCGACGGCUCCUUUCCUCACAGCUGAAACGAAUACAUCCGUGAGUGGAAUAAUGAUCGCCCCCCAGAGCUUCGAAUCUCGAACAAUCAGAACAGGAAUUCUAACUGUCACGAAGUCCGAGCAGCUGAAGAAAUUCCCGGUUCACGAGGAAAUCAGUCUUCGUCUGAUAUCGAUUGAGCCAGCAUCCAUGCGAUUCCAAGAGUUGGAAGUCUACGGAAUAACCGGACUUCUGGCUGACGAUCUCAUUAUAACAUCUAAUGAUGAAGUUUACAGAUCGCCGAAAUAAUUCUCCCGGAACUUCAAGAAGCUCCAGUCAAUAAUCGACAAUGAUUCAAUCAUCUAGUUGAAAAACAGAAUUAUUUCCAAUUAUGGAUUGACAGACAUGCAAUAAUGAGCCAUUGUAGCCGUGAGCGAGUAUCAAAGAUUAAUUACAGUUCAGUCUGACCUUGAACCAUCCCACAAUAUCCAGUGAUGCAGAAAAUUACCUACUUUGUACCACUCAACUCGAGGUGUUUACUCAUCGCAAUUUCCCCGUCCGUAUCAGUCCGCGUCGCAUCCGUCUGAUGUAAUCCUGUGGGUUUCGUUGUCAGAAGAUUGUGCCACUCAGAGUUAUCCCCCACUUUACCCAAUCCCCACUCACAUCCUUGUCUCCCACCCCUGAAAACCAAAGGCGCAAUCGCCUCAGUCUGAUCGUAUCUCUCCGGCUGUGGUGAGCUCGACACCACAAUUACCAGAAAUAAAUACUAUAAGAUAAUCUUUCACAUCACGCCUAUAAAAAUGGCGCUGACCCUGGAAAUACUCCUCACCAUAACGGCAAUAUUAACGGCAUUAUACUACUACCUAACGAGUACUUUCGACUACUGGAAAUUCCGGGGAAUCCCCGGACCGAAGCCGGUCCCGAUAUUCGGAACGAUGAAGGAGAUAUUCCUCACUAGGAUGAGCAUGGGCACUUACGUAACCUCAAUCUACCGAGACUAUGCGGGAGAGCCUCUAGUGGGCAUCUACCAGUCCCGCAGGCCAAUGCUCGUGGUGAAUGACCUCGAGUUGAUAAAAAACAUCAUGAUAAAGGACUUCAGCAAAUUCGUGGAUCGAGGUACCUCAGAGGAUAAGUACGAUCCGCUCUCCGCGAAUUUAGUGAGCCUUGCUCCAGAAAAAUGGCGGCCACUGAGGGCGAAAUUGUCGCCAGUGUUCACUUCCGGAAAGCUGAAGGACAUGUUCCAUCUUCUUGUCCAGUGUUCAAACGAGUUCGAGAGGUAUCUCGAGGGGAUUAAUUACGAAUCAGUGGAUAUUAGGGACAUCUGUGGAAAGUACACGACUGAUGUGAUUGGAGUUUGCGCAUUUGGGCUUCAAGCGAACUCCAUGAGGGAUGGGGACAGUAUCUUCAGGGUUAUGGGGAUGAGAAUCUUCAAUCCGAAUUUCAAACAGCUGAUGAAGGGAAUUCUUCAGUUCAAUUUUCCUACAGUUUAUAAUAUUGUUGGACGGUAUCUGCAGGAUCAUGAAUUGAUCAAUUUCUUUCUUGACUUGACGAAGGAUACGAUGAAUUACAGGAGGAAGAAUCAUUUGGUGAGACAUGAUUUUGUUGACUUGCUGAUGAAGAUCAAGGAUGACAAAACGGUUGAGGAUAUUGAAAUUACUGAUGAAUUAUUAGCAGCACAACUGUUCAUAUUCUUUGGCGGUGGCUUUGAGACAUCUGCAGGUGCUAUAAGCAAUACACUCUUUGAAUUAGCGUUGAAUCCUUCGGUUCAAGAGAAGUUGCGGGAGGAAAUUCAUGAGACGUUGGCGACAAAUGGCGGGAAAAUGACAUAUCAGAGUAUCAAAAGAAUGGAAUAUCUCGAUAGCGUCAUCAAAGAAACUCUGCGAAAAUAUCCACCGAUUCCCGUCUUGUUGAGGACAUCAGUGGCCCCCUACACCUUUCCUGGUUUCAAUUUAACAAUUCCGAAAGGAACAAUGAUCAUGGUGCCAAUAUACGCGAUUCACAGGGAUCCCCGAUACUUCUCCGAUCCUGAGAAAUACUGUCCUGAGCGAUUCGGAAAAGACAGUACUGAGGAACAUCCUGAUAUGUGCUAUCUGCCUUUUGGUGAUGGGCCCAGGAAUUGCAUCGGCUCGAGAUUCGCAUUGGUACAAGUCAAAGCUGGACUCAUCACUGUGUUGAAAUCUUAUGCAGUUGAAGUGUGUGAAAAAACUGAUAAGAAUUACGAAAUCGAUGAGAAAGCCUUUCUCUUAAUCCCGAAAAACGGAAUAUUCUUGAACAUGAAAAAAUUGAUGAAAUAAACCAAAUAUACUUAUA